AAACUCCAGAUGUCGGUCGUUUGAAACUGAUUCUGGAGCUUCCGCCGCGCGGCGUUGAGGCGUUCCUUUCGGAAUGUUCUUCAUACUUCUGUUGUUGACCGUAUGCCCCUAUGUGGCCCGCAAAGUGCUGGAGCGGUCGGACUCAAAUGAAGCAAUUGGCUGGCUUGGCGUUUCUCGUCCCAGCGCCCCUAUACUUAUCAAUGAAGAAACUCGCACACUUUCAGCUGUAUGGCUGAAUGUCAGCAAAGUGAAUUCUGCGAAAUCUACGUGCAGCUCCUGCUGCAAGAAGGACCCCUACAGCCCGGAUAUCCUACCUUGGACUCCAGGAGAUCUGGUCACGACGCACUACCGCGAGGCCGGCUUGCUGUCGCAAGCGCGCAGCAGCGCGUUGGCCACGGCGAUGGUGAAGAAGAUGGAGGGCACGUCCGUUCAGGUCCAGCUCCUCUCGCUGAAAGACAGCACCACCUUUGCGCCGGGUGACAUGGUCAGGGCCCACCUGCCCAUAGGGAGCGAGAAGAAGAAGUCGCCAGAUCCGCUUCCAGCAGUUGUGGUGAACAGCACAGACACUGAAACUACAGUACGCUACAAGCACAAGUUCCUGGGGGAGCUGUCCCUGGCAAACUCCUGGAUUGAGCCGUCCUGGGCAAUGUCGAACCAGUUUAUUCCCGCGGAGUGGAUCCAAACCGCCCCGAGGGAGGUGCCAGAGGUGGAUUGCUCCUUGGAUCAGUUUGAGGCUUGCAUCUCCACCAGUGGCUGCGUGUGGAAGGAGCCUGUGUAUGAAGAAGUGCCCUGUGUGGUGGCUGACUGGGGUGAGUGGAACCCCUGCACGGUGACCUGCGGUGUGGGCAAGCAGAGACGCAUCCGGCCCUUCCCCACGCAGCCGAGCUGCCGGCGGCUCGAGCCAGCGCCCGUCGUCCAGGAAGACCGCUUCUGCAUGCAGCCCUCGUGCCCCCUGGUGCCAGAUCACUGCCAGGCCGCGCCCAACGCCAGCGCUUCGCUGCUGCAAUUCUACGGCGCGCUUCCUGCGCGCGAAGAGAGCGCCGCGAGCGCGAGCGCUCCCAGCUGGGCGCUGGGUGCCCUCCUCGAGCUGCUGGCCGAGUCGCACUUCGGCAAAAACCCGCGGCAGGCCAUCGAGCAGGAGCUGCAGAACAUCGCAAGCGUCGCAGACUCGAAGGAAACGGGGCCCUCAACCUUCCAACAACACCCACUCUAUGUGGAGGGUGAGACUGUGAUUGCCUGGGCUGAGAAGGGUACCGGACUUGGGCCUCAGUGUCCUGAGUCUUACUUCGCCAUUCAGAUCGACAUCGACGUCCAAAGAAACGUCGUCUCCGCCGCUUGCAACCAUUGCGCUGCCGGGUGCCUCCACUGUAACGGUCCAGGAGCGGAUCAGUGCACAGCCUGCCCCGCGCCUUUGCGACUCUACACGCACAUUGACGGAAGAUCCACGUGUGUCGAAGCCUGUCCAGAAUGUUUUCGCCCUUCGGAUGAGGAGGACGACGCCUGCGUCUUUGAUGGUAGCCAGUUCGGGUGCGACCACGUGGCCGCCUUCCACCCCGAGGUGAUGCCGGAGCACCGGGGCGCCCCAGACUCCUGUCAGGCGCUGGACAUGGAGGAUGGGGAUGAGCAGCCUGGAUCCAAAACGGCUUUGCUCUCCUGGAAAAGCUCCGCGGGGCGUUCGUCGCUUUCCAGCUCGGUCCCGUCAGUGGAAGAGCUGGCUGGGGAGCCAGGGCGUAUCGAGGCCAAGAAGGAAAUUAUCAAGCAGACGCUCCACUGGCUUGAAACGGAGAAGAUCCCCGAGUUGCUUGACGGUAUCGCGCAGUACGCGGAUGCGACCUUGCAAUUCCUUGCCAGUAGUCUUGUGCAAGACCCGGAGCUCUUGAAGCCACUUGCGCUGGCUCUUGGACACUCUCCAGAGUCAGCACCUUUGACGCCCCCGGCGUCAAGCCGCCAGGAAGCAAGCGCCAUGCGAGACGUGCGGCUGGCACGGGAGGUCCGGGAGCAGAGCCGCUUCGGCCUCUGGACGAACUCCUCGGAGCCGCACUUCAGCGAGGUCCUGCACGACGUGGCGCAAACCUUGGCGAAGGUGGCCCUAGUGGAGCUGCAGAACGAGGAUCCAAGGAGGACUACACACGCGGAUGGAGACUCAGGUGUCGCUGGUGCCAUGGCCGAGCAGCUCCAAAGAGACGCCCAAGACCUGCUCCGCUUUAAGCUGCUGAAGUUCGACUUGAGGCCGCAAGACAAGGAUCACCUUCUCAAGCUGGGAGCGGAUAUGGUUCAGGCUCUUCUUUCGUCAGGAAUCAUUGACCGCCUUGCCGCAGAGAUAACAUCACAAAAGAGGCUCCCACUCGAGGAGGACAAUGUAUUGCUCCAAUCCGGCUCUGGUCUGGGGAUGGCCCACAAGUUGGAGGUAAAGAGCAGCAAGCUCAGCGGUGUUGCCCUCGCGCUCCUCUCCAGCGGACAGCAAGCAAUGGACCGCCAGUUGCAGAGGCUGCUGACGCAGGGAGCUAUAGCCUUCGGUUUGAGCGCCGAGGAGAAGGCGAACCUUACGGGACACCUGGAAGGCGAAGUGCAUGCGGAGCUUCGGGCGCUAAGCCAAGGGUCCGUGGCCAAGAUCAUGCACGACGUCUCAGAAGACCUCCGGACAGACGAGCUGCGAGACGAGGUCUUGGCAGCUUCUCGGGCAGUCCUUGCCAGCGAGCUGGGCAAGUUGGCCGCGGAAGCCAAGACUUUGGCGGCCGAGAAGCUGGAAGAGAAGAUCCAGCUGGCUGCGAUCGGCACCAAGCUGGAAAAGAAGCAAUUGGACAGUGCCGUCAGAGAGGUCCUGGAGCAUGCGGAGGUCUCCGCCGCAGAUGCCUUGUGGGCGGCGCAGACGGUUCUCAGCGAGUCCGCUGCGAUCAACGAGCGGGUGAAGAAAUCUUCCGCGAGCGCUCUGAUGCAGUUGAGGACAGGGCAAUGGCAAGCGGCAACCUCCAAGAUUGCCGCGGAGGCGCCAAUGUUCAUGGCUGAGCUGGUGAUCUUUCAGAGGAUGUCCAGCCGCCUGGACCACUUCGUCCAAGCGCUCUCCGAGUCCCUCCACCUGGACCUCUCGGAAGUGGGUCCCGGUCCCGCGCCCCAUGCGGCAGUGCAGCGAGCGGCGCAGGAGACCUUGCAGCAGGCAAUCGCGGCCCAGAGCCAAAGUCCAUGGAAGGAGCAGCUUGCGGCACGCCUGAAGGGCCGUGUUUGGAGGCUGGUGCAGAACAAGUGCCGGGCCCUUACGGGGACCGACAUGGAGGAGGUUCGCAGGCAAGUAGCGGACGCCUUCCAAUCCUUCGACCUGCCGCAAGACGACAUGGUUUUCCAGCUGCAAGAGGACCUCGAGCAUGCUGUGGAGGAAGUGGCCCUAGAAAACCGCCAGGAAGCAGAGGACUCCUACCUGGAGGCCCUCAGCAGGCAAGACGACUCGGCCUCUGCGCAUUGCUUGGGCGUCUGUCUGGAGUCGGCCAAUGACCUCGCGGAGUUCCUCGGGGAUCUCAGCGCCUACGCCCUACACGAAACGCACCGCAGCCUGAGCCCAGCUGAGCAGAGGGCGUGGAAGCUCGGGCGGGUUCGGGCGAAGGCCGACCAUGGCCUUCUGGCCGUCGUGAAGGCUGCGGCAUCCAGCGCCCAGCAGCACUGCACGGAGAACCGCACCGGCUUUGUCCAAGCCGUGAAGGCGGACGUGCGAAGGGAAGCGGACAGAGCGCGGCACUCGUUGAUGCUCCAGCUUGAGGACUUGGUAGCCGCAAACAAGACUGGAGUUACGGCCAAGGAGCAGCAGAGGUUUAUGACCCUGGUGGAUGAGAGGCUGUGGAAGCCCAUGGAGGAGGCCGUGUUGAGCUAUCGACCCUGUGGAGCCGACAGCACCUCGCCUAGGAACCAGGCGCAGCUUCUGUAUCACGGCACGGUGCGGCGCUUGCUCCAGGAAGCCAGCAUCAAGCUGGCCGCCAAGUGGUCCACCAAGAUGGAGUCUUUGAACAGUGUCCUGUUGGAGGAGGCAUUUUGGCCAAAGGUCGGGGCAAGGCGCUCCGGCGAUCAGGGCUUUCCCAAUGGAAUCAUUCUUCUUGAGACGGAGGAGACGGAUGAGACGGGCGAAUCUGUCGAGUCACUCCUUUCCCAGGCUCAGGCGACUCUGACUGCCCUGGAGGUGACUGGGAAGCCCAAGAAGUUGCCUUCAACGAAACCUAGCGAGCGCAGACAGAAGAUGGUGACAGCGAUGGGCGAUUGGGCCGCCAACAACAAGGACGACCUGGAAGCGUACUACUACAAGGCACGGGACUCAGCCAUUAGCAACGCCGUGGAGCUGCUCUAUGGCAAGGGCGCCUUGGGCCCCCCACUCUGCAAGGCCGCGACGACCCUGGGGGAGAACUUGGAUCAGUCCUACGCCAAGGCUUUGGAAGUCAGAAAUGGGAAUAUGUUCAGUACCUUUAAGGAAGCUGGAGAUUUGGCCUGCAAAUUGGAGUGGGGCAUCGAUGAGGUGGUUCAGUUCAUUACCAAUAUCUACGACAUCCUGCAGACUUUCAAGAUUCUCUUGAAGAUGGUCUCAGGUUUGCCCAUAGUUGGUGUUCUGGCCAAGGUUCUGGACAAGCCUGUGGUUUAUCUUAUGAAGUUCAUGGACAGGGAGCUGAUUCCCGUCCGAGAUAGGCUGAGAGAUAACUUCCACCCAAAGUUCGAGCUGGCCUGCGAGUUCCAGAAGACGGUGGUCACCAGGGUCGGCUACGCCAUCGAAGCCAUUCGGGUUUUGAAGCUUCAAGCCUUUCCCGCCAACAAGGCUGCGGGCCUGGUGGGCGAGGCGAUGAACGUUUGCGCUUGGCUACCGCCUGUGGCCCUGCUCGCAGACGGAGCGCUGACCAGCGUGGCCUCUCUGGACAGCUUGGCGGGCGCAAGCACGGACUUGGUGAGGGACAUGGUUUCCUGGGUGGAGACCUUAAUCCCGACCUCCGCCCUCAAGAAGAUGGAGUCUAGCAACCAGAUAAUGAACGUCAUCCUGCUUCCUGUGCGGAAGACCGAAGCGACCCUGUCCACGGUGUACAAAGUGUGCAUCCCUGCAGUGAAGUGCUGGAAGUUUACACUUCUGGGCCUGCUGAAAGCCCUGAGCAACUUCCUGGAGAAGAUCUUCAAUUUCGCGUUGAAGCCCUUCCAGCCCAUCGUGGAGGCGGCUGUGGCGCCGGUGAGGAGGACGCUGGAGAAGGCCUUCAGCAGUCUCCUGCCGCCCCUGCAGAUCCCCUUUCCGGAGUUCUCCGGAUUGUUCGAGGACGAGCCUAGCUUGAUGGACUUGGUGCGGAAUGCCUUCAGGACAGACACGGAUCAAACUUUCAGCGGUCAGAUCGAGAAGGCCAUGCAAUUGACCAAGAAGCAGGCUAGCUACUGCUAUUCCUACGGUACAGAGCUCCCUGCAGCCGAGGGAAUUUGCAAUGACAUCUCUGCGAAGUACGGGGCUGUCAGAAAUCCUUUCGAGUGCCAACAGCUCUGCCAGAGCGCUUGCUCUCGGUGCGUCCGCUGGUCCUUCGUGACCACUGAUGCUGCUGUGGGAGCUGGCGUUUGUCGCUUCACCAGAAGCAACGCUUACUAUGAGGUCAAGAGCCCGACGUCUGUCAGUGGGCCCAAAACAUGUGGCGAUGUGACCAAGUAUCAGCCGGACACUUUCGUGCAGCAUGUGGAAAGCCGCUUAUGCAAGGACAUGGGCGCAUUCCCCGAAAUCAAAGGGGCAGAAGCCUGCAAGAAGGCUUGCUUCGUUGACGGAGAUUGCCAAGUCGUGCAAAUGUCCGGCGGCAUGUGCUACGUUGGCGCGGGCAAGAAGGGUUGCAGCCGGGGCCCGACCAGCAUGUCACUUCACAAGACGAGAACCGCCAAAGAAGCGCUGCAAACAAGGUGCAACGCUGCUACUGGUGUGCAGAGGGCUGCCGAAAGACUGAGGGCAACAUGCCCACGUUCUGUGCAGGACUGUGAUGCCUGGGCUUUGGAGGAGGCCACCAAGGAGGUGCAGGGGGCGGGCUCUCAGGCGGUCCAGGAAGUCAUGGAGUUGACCAGCACCUCCUAUCAGAAGUUCACGUGCGAGUUGCUAGAGCUCGACGUUGACUGCCCCGACGUGAACAAGGGCGACAAGGUGGACAGCUUCGACAAGUGCAAGGAAGGAGCAGAGUUCGUAUUCAAAGAGUCAGAGGAAGAGAUCAAGAAGCAGAUUGAUGCAGAGGUACAAGAGCAGCUUGCAGCUUGUCGCCGGGAAGCUCACGAGUCGCUGAAACCAUUGUGCCCCGUAUUCUCCUGGCGCGGAAUAAAGCGAGAGAAGAACAAGAAGGUCCCUCCCAAGUUCAAGAACCAAUACUGCCUUUUGCGUCAGAAGAUUCAAGCGAGCGCGGCCUACUGCGACUAUUUGAUCAAGACCCACGGCAGCUUUGGAGGCAAGACUUCCACGACUCUGGCUGCGGAAGUCCGAGCCUCCUUCGUGCCGACGGAGUCUUGUGCCAAGGCAUCGGGGGAUCAAUUCCUUUGCGAGAUGAAGUUCCUCAACGAGGGGGGUGGGGAAACGAAGCAGAUGGACCUCACAAAUCAGAUCCAGCUGCAGAACAUGUAUCAAGCCAAGCAAUUCGACAACCUCGCGGCUGAGACGCAGAAGGUCAAGCAGGAACUGGCAGGCAUCCAGACCCAAAUGGAUGAAGGCUUCUCCAAGACACGCGAGCAGCUGUUCAGCAUGGACAAGGCUGCUGCCAAUCGAACUGAGGAGCAGACAAGGCAAAUCUUUGAGAAGCUUGAGUCGUCGCAGAAGGAGCAGAACGCGCGGAUGGCGUACAUGAUGCAGGCGGCGCAGUGCGACAGCAAGCUCCAGACCAAAGAGCUGAAGGACUUCAUGACCAGCGGCCUGAACAACCUCCAGUCAGCGGUUUUGAGCGGAACUGGGCAGCAGAUUGAUGAAGCCACUUCGAAGAUCAAGGAUGCAGUGGCCAACAGCCAACGGGCGGUCCAGAAGCAGAUGAAGGAGAGCUUCACCGAUCUCAAGGACACAGUCACCGAAGGUUUUGAUCAAGUGCAGAACAAGCUGGAUGCCAACCGCAAAGCCAUCCAAAAGCAGAUGACUGACCGCUUCAACGCGGUUGACCAGAAACUGGUGCAUGUGCAAGGACAGCUGGAUUCCGCGCUGAAAGGUAUCGAAACCGUGGACAACAGGAUCAAAGAUUUGGCGCGGCAGAGCAGCCGGCAGUUCCAGGAGCUCCACCAAGGCCAGCAGCGCCAGAUGAACGCCCUCUUGGCGAUUGUCCAGAAGCUGGAGGUCAUUGAGGACAAGAUCGACGACAUACCCGCAGCUAUCAGGGAGUCCCGAUUUCAGGACUUCAUCUAUCAGUUCAAGAGCCUGACCGUGUCGAUGGAGAAUUUGCUUCAGCAGUUCCAGGACUUCUCGGACCUGCGGCGCGGGGACAUCACGAACCUGCAGGCAGCUCAGGCGGCGUACCGCUCCUGCAGUGGCCAGCUGGAUGAUGUGCUCUUGGCAACAAGGGCCGUGAAGCAGUCCUCGGCCGAAGCGAUGAAGAUGCUCCGCACGACUUACAACGAGGUGGUUCAGCGGUUUGGGCAAGUAGCCAUCCUGGCCGUGGACGCCGGCUUCUCCAAAAUGCACUUUGAAGCUUUGGCGGAGCAGAUCGCCGAAGACUUGCUGGCCAACAAGUCCCAACUGGAGCUCUUUCUGGCCCAGGAGAGCUUGCAGAGUGUCAUCGUGGCAGAUCAGGAUGUUUUGUAUGGCAAGGAGUUGCAGGCAAAGUGCUCCGAAGUCUGCGUACCCCAGAAAGUCAGCAAGCUCGAGCCAUGCACGUGCUCUGACGGCCGGCGGCCCCUGCAGAGGGUGGCCGCCAAGUACCUCUUCACUCCCGCGGCAGCCACGAUGCUCUUGGAGUGGACACAGCAGGCCCUGGACGACGUCCCCCUCAAGUAUUCCAUCGUCCUCAAGGACCUUUACACGCAGAUCACCUACCUGGAACGGAAGUUCGCCUCCUUUGACCUGGAGCCUCCCUCCAGGGCGCGGGAUCAGUUCUGGGCGGACUGGGAGCGCAUUGCCUUUGACAUGGAAUCCAUCCGCAAGAGCUACGCCAUGGUCGACACCAAGGAGCGGGCGGUGCUGGGGAAGCUGCAGCUGAGCCAGCGCUUCUUGGACACCAUGGCGUCCUUCUGGAGCCCUGCGCCCUUGGAAUGCCACAAGCCCGCGCUCAUGGAGCUCGGGGAGUCAUCCUUGGGCCACCUGGCACUUUGGAGCCCCUUGAAGCAGAAGGGCGGUGGUGCGGCGUGGCUGAUCCUGCGGCAGCCCUCGCGCCUGCUUCAGACCUCCGCCCUGUCCUGGAUGCACGACGCACAUGCCACCGAUUGCCGGGCCAUCCCCGAUGGCUAUGACAACCUCGAGGGGCUCAUGCAGAGCGGCUUCGUUUGUUGGACAGAUUCUGAGGGAACUGCGAAAGUUCGCUCGCUUUGCGAUCCCCGCGGCCUCGAGGAUGUGGUAGAGACCUCUGGUUUGAAGUGGGUCUCCGAGGAGAAGUUCUCAGAGUUCGGGUCCCAGAACCCUCUGCUGGUGCCGAUCGCCACCUCGGAGUUCCGCACCACGCCCUUGGAGGCGGAGGUCUUCUCCUACUGGGAGAGGCAGAUGUCAUUCAUUGCCGCCGCGCAGUGCGGCAAUGGCAAGCUUGACAUCACGGAGGAGUGCGAUUCUCCUGGAGAGGGCUGCGAGAAGUGCAAGUCGGUUCCAGGAUACGAAUGCCCUGUGCCUGGCCAGCCGUGCCAGUCGAUUUGUGGUGACCACACGGCUGUGAAGAUGGAGGACUGUGAUGAAAGCGACCACAACAGCAACGACGGCUGCACGCCUUUCUGUCAGCUCGAGUAUUGCCCCAGACGCGCGCUGAGUCUGCCGAUCAAGCACGCGCAGCAGGCGAGUCCCAACCCUUCGCCCGAGCUGGAGCUUUGCGCCAGUCAAUCCAGGGGCGGCGUGUUCAGUUUGGAGGGCUGUGGCUCCUUCAGCGAGCUCGUCUUCGCGGGCUUCACCAUGGACGGCCACUGGGUGCGCCAUGACAUCCGCUUGGAUGCUACCCUCGCCAGCAUGGGAAACGGCCCGUGGGCGUCAAAGGCCAGCGGAUGGGUCACGCUUGGGGCGCCGUACAAGCUGUGGAAUGAUGGCACUUCGGUCUCAGUGACUUGCCGCGGUGCUGACACCAGCACUGGAUGCCUCUUUUGGUGUGGGUCUCUCGUGAAUUCCUCCGACUGCAUCCAGCCCUGGCUCGUGCAGACGCAUUCGAACAGAAGCCAGGACGUGCACGCGGAGAGAUUGUUGGUCUACGGGCGCAAGUCCGCUGCCGCGACGGACCUGCAAAGCUGCGAAGGUGGCGCGAAGCUCGUGUCCCUGUCCUGUGGGGAUGGCCAGAUCACCGGAAACGAGGAGUGCGAUCCCCCAGGUGGCUGCUGUGAUGCGCAGUGCAAACUUGCCUCAGGGUGGCAAUGGCAGGACGGCUGCAAAGCCAUUUGUGGCGACGGCGUGGUUCUUGGAGAAGAACAAUGCGAUCCGCCGAUGGAAGGGUGCGACCAGCAAUGCAAGCUGGAAAUCGGAUGGAAGUGGGUGCAAAACAAAGCCACUACGACUUGUGGUGACAGCGUGGUUGCCGGCAAAGAACAGUGCGAUCCCCCGAGCGUGUGCUGCAACACCACAUGCAGCCUGCAGACAGGAUGGCAGUGGCAGGACGGCUGCAAAGCCAUUUGUGGCGACGGCGUGGUUCUUGGAGAAGAACAAUGCGAUCCGCCGAUGGAAGGGUGCGACCAGCAAUGCAAGCUGGAAGACGGGUGGAAGUGGGUGCAAAACAAAACCACCACGACUUGCGGCGACAGCUUGGUUGCCGGCGAAGAACAGUGUGAUCCCCCAAGUGAAUGCUGCAACACCACAUGCAGCUUGGAGACAGGAUGGCUGUGGCAGGACGGCGGCUGCAAGCGCGAGGUAAAUUGCGGUGCUGUCACCGCUUCGUUCGGAAUGGGCAUCGGCUGGAAUUCUCCGGCCACCGUGAGGGAAGGGAUCCUGUCGCAGCCUGGCGAGCGCGGGUACAGGCUGCAGAAUGUCCCAGCCGAAUUGAUCGGCGGCAAAUACAUCGGCCACAAGACCUGGCCCUCUAAAUCUGGCGGGACCUGGACGAUCUCCUACACAACUCCAGUGACACUCUACGUGUGGGUCGUAAAAGAGGAGCACAAUGCAGGUAUUGAUGCCAUGCUCAGCAACGAUGGCUGGGCAUUCGUGGCAGCUCCUGGCUUCAAGCGAAGUGACGGACCGGCGCUCCAUGUGUGGAAGCGAUUCUUCGCCACUGGGAGCACCUACCUCAUCAAGACGAAGGAGUUGAUGGUGGGAGGGGUCAUUUCCUCGCAGGAUUGCGAGGUAAGUUGCGGCGCUGUCACCGGUUCAUCUGGAAUGGGCAUCCCCUGGAAUUCUCCGGCCACCGUGAAGGAAGGGGUCCUGUCGCAGCCUGGCCAACGCGCGUACACGCUGCAAAAUGUCCCAGCCGAAUUGAUCGGCGGCACAUACGUUGGCCACAAGACCUGGCCAUCCAACUCUGGCGGAACUUGGACAAUCUCCUACACAGCUCCAGUGACACUCUACGUGUGGGUCGUAAAAGAGAAGCACAAUGCGGGUAUUGAUGCCAUGCUCAGCAACGAUGGCUGGGCACCCGUGGCAGCUCCUGGCUUUCAGAGAAGCGACGGAUGGGCGCUCCAUGUGUGGAAGCGACACUUCGCCACUGGGAGCACCUACCUCAUCAAGACGACGGAGUUGAUGGUGGGAGGGGUCAUCUCCAAGGUGAGUUGUGGCGCGGUGGCCGGUUCAUCUGGAAUGGGCAUCCCUUGGAAUUCUCCAGCCAUCGUGAAGGAAGGGAUCCUGUCGCAGCCUGGCCAGCGCGGAUACACUCUGCAGAAUGUCCCGGCUGAAUUAAUCGGUGGCACAUACAUUGGCCACCAGGCGUGGCCAUCCAAGUCUGGCGGGACCUGGAAUAUCACUUACCAAGCUCCAGUGAUACUCUAUGUGUGGGUCGUAAAAGAAAAGCACAAUGCGGGUAUUGAUGCCAUGCUCAGCAACGAUGGCUGGGCACCCGUGGCAGCUCCUGGCUUUCAGAGAAGCGACGGAUGGACACUGCAUGUGUGGAAGCGAUAUUUCGGCAGUGGGAGCACCUACCUCAUUAAGACGACGGAGUUGAUGGUGGGAGGGGUCAUCUCUUCCAAGGUCAGCUCUGAGUGCAAGGCAGCAGCAACUUGUGGCGCAGUGGCCGGUUCAUCUGGAAUGGGCAUCCCUUGGAAUUCUCCGGCCAUCGUGAAGGAAGGGAUCCUGUCGCAGCCUGGCCAGCGCGACUACAAGCUGCAGAAUGUCCCAGCAGAGUUAAUUGGCGGCUCAUACAUUGGCCACCAAGCAUGGCCAUCCAAAUCUGGUGGGACGUGGACGAUCUCUUACACAUCUCCAGUGACACUCUACGUGUUUGUCAUGAAAGACUUGCACAACGCGGGUGUGGAUGCCAUGCUCAGCAACGACGACUGGGUACCCGUGGAAGCUCCUGGCUUUCAGAGAAGUGAUGGAUGGGCCUUCCAUGUGUGGAAGCGAUUCUUCGACACUGGGAGCACCUACCUCAUCAAGACGAAGGAGUUGAUGAUCGGAGGGGUCAUCUCCAAGGCCCUUCCCGAGGAGUGCGAGGUUAGUUGUGGCGCAGCGACCAGUUCAUCUGGAAUGGACAUCCGCUGGAAUUCUCCGGCCACCGUGAAGGAAGGGGUCCUGUCGCAGCCUGGCCAACGCAACUACGAGCUGCAGAAUGUUCCAGCAGAGUUACUUGGCGGCUCAUACAUUGGCCACCAGGCGUGGCCAUCCAAAUCUGGUGGGACGUGGACGAUCUCUUAUACAUCUCCAGUCACCCUCUACGUGUGGGUCAUGAAAGAGAUGCACAAUGCGGGUGUUGAUGCCAUGCUCAGCAACGACGGCUGGGCACGCGUGGAAGCUCCUGGCUUUCAGAGAAGUGACGGAUGGGCGCUCCAUGUGUGGAAGCGAUACUUCGCAACUGGGAGCACCUACGUCAUUAAGACGAAGGAGUUGAUGGUGGGAGGGGUCGUCUCCAAGGUCCUCUCCAAGAAGUGCAAGGUAAGUUGUGGCGCGGUGGCCGGUUCAUCUGGAAUGGGCAUCUCAUGGAAUUCUCCGGCCACCGUGAGAGAAGGGAUGCUAUCACAGCCUGGCCAACGCGACUACAAGCUGCAGAAUGUCCCAGCAGAGUUAAUUGGCGGCUCAUACACUGGCCACCAGGCGUGGCCUUCUAAAUCUGGCGGGACCUGGACGAUCUCUUACACAACUCCAGUGACACUCUACGUGAUUGUCUUGAAAGACUUGCACAACGCGGGCGUCGAUGCCAUGCUCAGCAACGACGGCUGGGCAGCCGUGGAAGCUCCUGGUUUCAAGAGAAGUGAUGGAUGGGCCUUCAAUGUGUGGAAGCGAUACUUCGCCACGGGGAACACCUACCUCAUCAAGACGAAGGAGUUGAUGAUCGGAGGGGUCAUUUCCUCCAAGGUCAGCUCCCAGGGCUGCGAGGCAUAAUGCUACAGCUGAGGCCAAGGCGGAAAUUUUACAGCGGGUUUAGUAUGUUCCUUUUCGCCCGAGCGCCGCUUUGAAUGGCUGCGGAAGCACCGCUUUGAAGGGCUGCGCUCUGGGCCUGCAACCGCCCCAACUUUUAUGAUUCAUGAUGUCUGAGUUGCGCCGUUGGAAGAAUUUCCAGUUUUCACUGGCCCAGCUUCAAGCAAAACA